AUACAAAAUUUCAGUAAUAAAAUAUAACAUGACAACCAUACAACCAUAUCAUGACCAACAGUGGCCCGUGAUCUCCCCGCACCCUGCUUGUGCGUGCUCCCUGGGAGCGAGCAGCACCGCCAUCUGGUGCCCGCUGUGUCCUCCGGACACAGUGAAACACCGAUCGUCGGACGGGACCUCUGUACGAGGUCCCGAUCAUGUGAUCACUGAUUGGCCAAUCAGUGAUCACAUGCAAAGUAGUAAGCAAGAUGUCACUUCU